AUGUCAAGUUUUGAACCAGUCGUUGUUAUUGACGGUAAAGGUCAUUUAUUAGGUAGAUUAGCUUCCACUGUUGCUAAACAAUUAUUAAAUGGUCAAAAAGUUGUUGUUGUUAGAUGUGAAGCUUUAAACAUCUCUGGUGAAUUUUUCAGAAACAAAUUGAAAUACCACGAUUACUUAAGAAAAGGUACCAGAUUCAACAAAACUCACGGUCCUUUCCAUUUCAGAGCUCCAUCAAGAAUCUUCUACAAAGCUAUCAAAGGUAUGGUUCCUCACAAAACUGCUAGAGGUAAAGCUGCUUUAGAAAGAUUGAAGGUUUUCGAAGGUGUCCCACCUCCAUAUGACAAAAAGAAGAGAGUUGUCGUUCCUCAAGCUUUAAGAGUCUUAAGAUUAAAACCAGGUAGAAAAUACACUACUGUUGGUAAAUUAUCAUCAUCAGUUGGUUGGAAAUACGAAUCAAUUGUUGAUAAAUUAGAAGAAAAGAGAAAAUUACAAAGUGCUGAAUAUUACGCUAAAAAGAAAGCUUUAACCAAAAAAAUUGAAUCAGCUAAACAAUCAGUUGCUUCAUCUGAUGCUUCAAAAAAAUUAGCUGAAUUCGGUUACUAA